AUGAAGCAGCGACCUGAAAAAUCUGCAUCUAGUGGUGCGCUCCUCUUCAAGGGCUAUGACAUCACAGGAACGCCAUCAGAGGCUCAGCCACCAGUCGAAGCUUCGGGCCAGCACUCUUACACUGUUCGGCUACCGGACGGGAUCGCGAUUGACGUCCUGGUGAGGAACAAGGCUUUCUGGAUCAAGAAGCCAGCAGAAUGCCGAUCCCAGUAUACCUGGUGGCAGUACGACAAUUUAGCAGUGAGAGCCAUGGCGCUCUAUGGCGAGGAAGCCGAUGAGUCCUUUACCGCCAGUAGCACCAGGGCUGCCGGUGCCCGCUUGUUGGGCGGCCUGCAAUCCAUGGCAGACAGGACCCUGAACUUAGAGGCCGGCUCGGUCUACGGAGCUGUGAUCCUCAUGCCGCAGAUCGCGCGGACACUGGGAUGGCCCGCCGAGCUUUCGAGUCUCGUGGUGUCGUCCGUGACGUACCAUCUGCUGCUGAUCUUCCUGCACGGCUCCCUGCUGACCUUUAUAGAUCAGGAAGAGGUGAUACAAGACGCAUUCGCCGGGCAGAUGCACCUGUGCAACUUCGGCGCAGGUUCCUGCGCCAACGCGGACGGCUGCCCCGGACCAGGAGGCACCACGGUCACGCCUCCACGGAUUUACAACUGGAACACCUGGGCCACGCGCACUUUCGUUCGCGACUCCAUGCAGGCACUCUGGCCAGAGAAAGCGGAAGACAUAGCGAAGCUGAUUGAUCCAGGCGAGUAUGGCGUGGAAAGCAGCCUCUGCCGACUGCUUUGCUGUUUUGUGUUCGUGAUGAUGAUUGCUCCUGAGAUCGGACUCUGCUGGGAGAUGGCGAAUCUCCUCUGGCACGUCCCAUCCGAAGAUGAGCCCUGGGUGACGUUCAGAGAAGGACGUCCGAUGAGAGGGCCUCGGCACGAAUGGCUUGACAUGAUCAGCGUGCAUAUCGCCGGCAUGAACAGGCUGUGGAAAGCGGCUUGCGUUGUGAUAGUGCUGCUACCGAAGUGUUUCCUUUGCGUCUACUCAGCAAAGGCGGGCGUCGUCUUUCUCAUGGAGACCUCGGACAUAGACACGAUCAUCGUCAACUCAGUGGCUCUGGUCUUCCUCCUCUCAUUGGACGAAGUCAUGGCCAACGGGCUAAUGCACGACCAGGUGAAGAAGCUCCUGCAUAUCUGCGAGCCCUUCGUCGUCGAUGGCAGUUCGGACGGCCUCGAUGGUUGUGAAGAUAUGGAUGAUGCUGCAACCCUCCAUAUGUACGAGGAGCAGUGUGCGCAAACCAGCAGCUUGAGGAGGUUACUUGCAGACCUCUUCCUCUACCAGUAUCGCAGCUUCUACAUAGUUCUGCUGCUCACGCCUCUGCUGGUCGGAUCCUACUUUUUCCAGUUCUGUGAAUUCCGGGAGGGCCAAUACGUCUCACACAAGAUGUUUUUCCCGAAGUCUACGGCCUUCACCGCUCUCAACACGCAUUCUGUGGGCACAUUGCAGCAUGGCACGGAGCAGACGAUGUCCUGCACACCGGCCUUCACGGAAAAGCUCACCCAUGGAGCGAUGUCUGUGGCGAAAGAGCUGUUUCUCCCGGGCAUUUUCCCUGUGGAGUACGAAGAGGCGGUGUUCGACGAUCUUGUGGGACAUAUUCAGCGGAGCGACGGUGACAGCAGCGGAGAAGGCUCCCAAAACUCCUCGGACUCGAAGCCCCCAGGCAACCUUAUGGCCAUCCGGGGCUCCUCGCGCUUCUGCAGCGUCUGCGGUCAGCACCUGGGGUGGGUGGAGAAGAGCUCGACCGGUGCAACACAAAAAGCGCCCGAGCCCAUCUGCAGCAGCUGCCAAGCAAAGGCUGCUGAGAAACCGGCAGAGGCACCCGUGGCCGAGGCUGCAAAGCCAGCCGAGUCUGAAGAGGAGGGCAUGGAGGUGGACGAAUGGGGCUUCCAAAUGGCCCUUGACCAGGUCAAAGAAGCCGCCUGCGCAGACGAUGCUUUAGCCGUGAUGGAGGCUCUCGUCGACUCGAAGCCCUCGGCAGAGUUUCUCGAGGGCGCAAGCUGGUCAACAAAGCUCUCGGAGGUCCAAAGUUCGCCAUCGGCAGACCUCCGCGUGGUGGCCUGUGCCCAACGACUGGCCUCCAUUUGGGAACGCAAGAAGCGCGGCGAAGAAGUAGGCUCUGCAGAUGUCGCGGAAGUUCCAGCUUCCGUUGCACCGACAGAGUCUGCUGAACCGAGGGCCGCCAGCGAAGCCUCGCGAUCCGACUCCCCGGGCUCCGACGGAGGCCUCGGCUGGACCUGCGCGACCACAGCCGAGCCAGUUGAAGACCUAGCACUAGGUGCAGCCCAAAAAUCGCCCGGAAAGCGGCCGGUGUCACAGGAGAGCUCAACGACUGAUCCAGACCCGAAGAGCGGGCCCGCAGAGCGUGGCGAUGCUGAACAGGCGGCGCCCCUCAACUCGAAGAAGGGAUUCUUGGCUGGGCUCCUGGAACGAGCGAGACGGAAGGCCAAAGACAAGAUCGUGGCAGCCGCAACUGCCUUGGUUGCAGUGGGGAGCGACAACGAGUUGCCCGCGACACCGAAGACUUCGCCUGUCCCCGAGUCGCCGGAGGCCGCGCCUGGACAGUGGGUCGCACCAGAUUUGCCCCCGCUGCCGCCUCUCUUGAGCCCUCCGCCUUUCGCCUGGCCCUAUCCCACUUGGCCUCCUGCCGCUCCUGUUCCCCGGCAAGCUGGACCGCCAUACUGA